UCGGCGGGGACUCCCGGGGGCCAGCACACGUGCGCAGGGCCCUUUAAGGCGAGCUCGGUCGCCAGCGCCGCCGCCGCCGUUACCAAGGAUGUGACGUCAUGCGCGGGCAGGGGCGUGCGCGCGCAGGCGGAAACGGAAGGGGCGGGGCUCCGCGGGCUGAGCCUCCAGCGCUGCCGCCGCCGCCGCCGCCGCCGCCGCCGGAGCGGGCUGGGCCGCCGAGGCAAGAUGGUGGACUACAGCGUGUGGGACCACAUCGAGGUGUCUGACGAUGAGGACGAGACGCACCCCAACAUCGACACGGCCAGCCUCUUCCGCUGGCGGCACCAGGCCCGGGUGGAGCGCAUGGAGCAGUUCCAGAAGGAGAAGGAGGAACUGGACCGGGGCUGCCGCGAGUGCAAGCGCAAGGUGGCCGAGUGCCAGCGGAAGCUGAAGGAGCUGGAGGUGGCGGAGGGCGCGGGCAGCGAGGCGGAGCUGGAGCGGCUGCAGGCCGAGGCGCAGCAGCUGCGCAGGGAGGAGCGCAGCUGGGAGCAGAAGCUGGAGGAGAUGCGCAAGAAGGAGAAGAGCAUGCCCUGGAACGUGGACACGCUCAGCAAGGACGGCUUCAGCAAGAGCAUGGUCAACAUCAAGCCGGAGCAGGCGGAGGAGGAGUCGGAGGAGGCGAGGGAGCAGAAACACAAAACCUUCGUGGAGAAGUAUGAGAAGCAGAUCAAACACUUCGGCAUGCUGCGCCGCUGGGACGACAGCCAGAAGUACCUGUCGGACAAUGUCCACCUGGUGUGCGAGGAGACGGCCAACUACCUGGUCAUCUGGUGCAUUGACCUCGAGGUGGAGGAGAAAUGUGCCCUCAUGGAGCAGGUGGCCCACCAGACCAUCGUCAUGCAGUUCAUCCUGGAGCUGGCCAAGAGCCUGAAGGUGGACCCCCGCGCCUGCUUCCGGCAGUUCUUCACUAAGAUUAAGACGGCCGACCGCCAGUACAUGGAGGGCUUCAACGACGAGCUGGAGGCCUUCAAGGAGCGCGUGCGAGGCCGCGCCAAGCUGCGCAUCGAGAAGGCCAUGAAGGAGUAUGAGGAGGAGGAGCGCAGGAAGCGGCUCGGCCCCGGCGGCCUGGACCCCGUGGAGGUCUACGAGUCCCUCCCUGAGGAACUCCAGAAAUGCUUUGACGUGAAGGACGUGCAGAUGCUCCAAGACGCCAUCAGCAAGAUGGACCCCACCGACGCAAAGUACCACAUGCAGCGCUGCAUCGCCUCCGGCCUCUGGGUCCCCCACUCCAAGUCCAGCGAGGCCAAGGAGGGGGAGGAGGCGGGCCCCGGGGACCCUUUGCUGGAAGCCGCCCCCAAGCCAGGCGACGGGAAGGAUGUCAGCGCGUGACCCGCCCCGGCCGCCUCCCGCCUGCCUGCAGGCCCCUGGGCGCCCCUUUCAGAGAACAAAACUAGAUGCCAUGUCCCCAGCUCCUGGCUUUCUCCACUUCUGCUGCCCUCGCCCCCAGCCCCGGGGGCCUGCCCCCCAUGGCCCCACCCCCCCCCAGCACUCAUCCAGUCUGCUUUGAGUCAAGGGGCUUCACUGCCUGCAGCCCCCCAUCGACAUUAUGCCAAAGGCCCGGGGGGCCAGGGAAGGGCAGAGGUCGCCAGGCUGGUCCGCGGGGUGGGAGGAGGGUCCCGGGCUGAGGGGCGCUCGCCGGUCACUGUGGGCUCUGUUUUCGCCGUCUGUCCGCUGUCUUCUAUAUGGUAAACAGCAGUGACCUUCCAAUAAAGGAUUUCAGAUGUUC